AUGAAAUUCGGAAGAAAUCUACCGCGCAACCAAGUCCCCGAGUGGGCGGGCUCGUAUAUCAACUACAAGGGCCUCAAGAAGCUUGUAAAAGCAGCAGCAGAGAAAGCAAGGAAUGGAGAAAAGGUGGAUCCUGCAGAAUUCUUUUUCGCGCUUGAUCGAAACCUCGAAGAUGUCGACUUUUUCUACAACAAGAAAUACGCGGAGUUUUGUCGCCGCCUGAACCUCCUCCAGAACCGAUAUGGACGCACCGCCGACGUAGUCGCUACCCUGGAUCAGGAUGAAAUGGAGGAAGUUAUGGGAGCUCUACUUGAGCUGAGAAGUCAGUUCAGAAAUUUGCAAUGGUUUGGUGAGAUCAACCAUAAGGGCUUCGUCAAGAUCACAAAGAAGCUCGACAAAAAGGUUCCGGACCUUGUCACACAGGGUCCUUAUAUUGAUACCAAGGUCAAGGUCAAGCCUUUCGCCAAACAAGCAAACACCACAAGACUUCUCGAUGAGAUUAACAAGUGGAUGUCUGUGCUGUCCGAAGCCCAAACUUUCGAUGACACAAUGUCUGAGCACUCGACUCGCUCCCUGGGUCGUGCUUCAGCUAAGGGUAUGCUGAGCCUGCCUCAAGCCCAGCUCGAUGCCCUUGACCAGGCUGUACGCAACGACGAUGUUCCUGCCCUCGAGGCUGGCCUCAAAACAAGCAAUGUCGUCGACGAAGGCGCCCAGCCGCUGAUGCUGGGUCUCUUACAGCGAUCGAUUUCCUCGCGUUCGAAAUCAUGUCUCACGUUUCUACUUAGCAACCUCAAGAGCCUGGAUGAGCCAGAUGAUAUCAACUCUCGUAACUGUAUUCAUCGUCUGGUGAUUCACAUUGGCAGGACUAAAUCCGUUCCUGAAGGAGAGCAGGUCUCAAAGUCUCGACCCGUCCCUGCAGGCUCACAAUUCAGUAACAAGCACCUCGAGCCUGGUCUGGCAACUUCCAAGGCGCCCAAGUCACUGAACCAGAAGGAGGCUUUACUUUUGACCAAGGAUGACGAGGCUGUCCAGCUAUUUAUCUUUUUGCUUGAGCAAUUACGCCCAGAACAGAGGGUUGCGCUCAAGAGCCGUGACUCCUUCGGGCGCAUGCCGCUCCAUUACGCAGCUCAGUUUGGCAUUGUGGUUGUGUGUCAAAUCAUUAUGUCCAAGAUGCAGCAAUGGGACCAAUUCCACGUCAAGGAUGGAAUUGAUACACCUGAGUGGCAGGAUAACGAUGGCUAUGCUCCCCUCCAUCUCAGCGUUGUUGGGGGCCAUCCAUUGACCACUCAAGCUCUGCUACAGGGCGAGAAUUGGGAGGGAAGCAGCCCUUACAAGGCCGAAAUUCGAAAAUCUAUCUCCAAAUCGGGCGCUGUGCUAGCCAUCGCUACCAAGUCCAACUACAGUGUCAUCGUGCAGCUUUUGAUUGAUGCCGGCGUUGAUAUCAACUGGAGGGACAAGACAGACGAGACUGCUCUUCACGUCGCAGCUAGAUUCGGGCAUGAAGAGUGUGCUCGGAUUAUCCUGAAGGGAACCGCGGAUCAAAAGGCAGAUCUCGAAGCUACAGAGAGCACCUACUCAUGGACUCCUCUUCAUGUUGCCGCUGUGGAUGGCAAAUACAACGUUGUAGAACUUCUGGUAGAAGCUGGAGCAGAUAUCACCCGUCUUGAUUCUUCAGGCUGGACGGCGAGAGAGCAUGCUGCGCUGCGAGGUCAUAUGGAUAUUGCGCGACUGCUCGAGACCAACGAUGUUGAGAUCGAAUCGCCCCCAACCCGUCCUGUCGACGCAUUGCAGCCAACUCCCUCAGACAUGUCAUCUAUCGGCGAACGUCGGUCGAAUGGUAACGGAAUCAACAAUGGCUCGCGUGCUCCUGAUGCUGCUAUCAAGAGCUUCGGCCAUCGAUACUUGACCAGUGAGAGCCUUGUACUUGUCAGUCUUGGAUCGAUGGACAUGCGAAAGAACAUUGAACCGGUCAGUUUGGAUCGUGUUCCACUUACCGAAGCUCAUAACACGCAACUUGACACCGCUCUAUCGAUAGUUGUAUCUGCUACUGGUGCCAGUGGUGAGCCCACCAUCAUCGAUCUCCCGGUGCAUGAUAGCAUUGCCACCGAACCUGUCGUUUUCACGACAACAGAUGCAGCCAAGGUGAAACUCCUUUUCGAUAUCGUCCCGACUUACUCGGGCAACGACAAGCACAAGGUUGGACGCGCCGUGGCGCUCUUGUCCUCUGUCAGACAAACCCUGGGAUCUAGCCGCAUGAACCUGCAGGGAGAUGUUUGCGUUCCUAUCAUGUCAAGCAGCUUCGAUGUUAUUGGAACCGUCAAUUUCAACUUCUUGGUCAUCACCCCUUUCCACCACCCCAACAUGGAAAUCACAUCGAGACAGACGUACUGGAAGAAACUGGAGUCAACCAUGGUAAUUGGUCACCGUGGACUUGGCAAGAACUUGACAAGUAACAGGUCUCUCCAGUUGGGAGAGAAUACUCUGCCAUCCUUCAUUGCUGCGGCUAAUCUUGGAGCUCAAUAUGUCGAGUUUGAUGUUCAACUGACCAAGGACCAUGUUCCGGUUAUCUAUCACGACUUUCUCGUCAGUGAGACAGGUAUUGAUGCACCAGUCCAUACCUUGACACUGGAGCAAUUCUUGCAUAUCAACCCUGACAAGAAUCGAGAUUCCAAACAACAAUCGAGAAAGAAACCUGUACCCACGGGUGAGCCAAGUGAUUUCCGGGCUCGUAGCAACAGCCUAGCACCUAAACGCUCGCAAUCUAUGGGGUUCGCUGGCAGUGGACCUGAUGAGUUGGAUGAACGCAUGAAGCACACAAAGGACUUCAAGGAUAAGGGCUUCAAGGGCAACACGAGAGGAAACUUUAUUCAAGCUCCUUUCGCCACGCUUGAGGAACUCUUCAGAGAACUUCCUCAAGAAACUGGCUUCAACAUCGAGAUGAAGUACCCUAUGCUUCACGAGAGCGAAGAGCAUGAGAUGGACACUUAUGCAGUAGAACUCAACUCAUUCUGUGACACAGUACUCUCCAAGGUCUACGACCUUGCUGGAGAACGUCACAUCAUCUUCAGCUCUUUCAACCCCGACAUCUGCCUUUGUCUGAGUUAUAAGCAGCCUUCCAUCCCCAUCCUUUUCUUGACAGACGCAGGCUGCUGUGAAGUUUGUGAUGUACGCGCGUCAUCCUUACAGGAGGCCAUUCGAUUCGCCAGACGCUGGAACCUGUUGGGUAUUGUUGCUGCCGCAGAGCCUUUCGUCAACAGCCCUCGCCUCAUCAAGAUCGUCAAGGAGAACGGAAUCGUCUGCUUCAGCUAUGGCACACUAAAUAACGAUCCUGAAAUGGUUCGGCGUCAAGUCAAGCAAGGCAUCGAUGCUGUCAUCGUUGACAGUGUCCUUGCCAUCAGAAAGGGGUUGACUAGCGGGGAAACGCCGGCUGAGCCUGUCAACGGCGAGAAUGGAUCAAACGGUACCCUCAAGCCUGAUCACGAGCUCAAGGAGAAGCUGGACGAGUUGACGAUCAAUGGCGGCGGCCCUUGA